UGCACCCCAUACCCAUGUUGUGGGCGGUAGUGGAAAGGGUUACAGAGGCACAUUAACGGGCUCAGGGACUGAACCCCACAAUGACCAACUGAGGAAGGUCAUAUUGAGGUUCACACGGUGUUCCACUGUCACCUGUGUGGCCAAGGGUAGAGGGGAGAGGCAGGGAGGUGAGGGAGUGUCCACAAGUUACUCUCCCAUGUGCUGCUAGAGGCCAUGGCUACUGGGGCGCCUCCUCCUCCUGCUGUAGGUCUCUCCCAACACCCUGACGAGGCUCACAGUCACUCUGAUAACUUCAAGUACAAGUCUGCAGCAUUCCUGAUUGGAGUUGCUGGCAUGUCAAUGUUGGGAGGAUUUGGUAUGACCCUGGGAAUGGCUAAGAAGAAGGACCCGGAUAUGUUUAACAAGGGCAUUAUGGGAACACGUGAAAUGCGUGAAGCUGGUGGAGCUCUGGCAAUGAGAGCACUUGGACGGGCCACACUGUAUGCUGUUGGUGGGGUUUCUGUGCUCUGUUUUGGCAUUUGGAAACUUAUGGGAGUUAAAGAUCUUCAAGAGUUCCGAAUAAAGGCUGGAAAUAUUUUACCUAAAAUACCCAAGAAUAAUCCACCCCAAAGCAGGACAGAGUUUGAAGGGCUUAAUGACCUACUUCAGUACAUCAUAGAUGAAGACGAGAAAAAAAAGCACACAGUGACGUUGAAAGACUCUGAUUUGCUUUCAGAUAAAGACUAAUUGUACAGCACCUUAACAUUGUGGUUGUCCACUGUUGUAGAAAUGGCAUCUUGUUUAUUGUGUAUUUAUAUUGAUUGAAAUUAAAAUUUGUGUGAAUUAUAAGAUUGUAUGCAUUAUGUUUAAUUUUAAUCUACUUGAGGGAUACUCAGUUUAAGGUUUUGACUGUAUUUUGUUGUAAGAACCUCAAACAUUAUUGCUAGGCCUAUAGUUUACAGGGUUAAUUUCAUAGUAAUGUAUUUGUAGAAAUAGGCGAAUAGUAUUUUUACUUUUGUUGAUGCAAGUUGUGCCACAUGUUAAAAUACAGCUGAUUCACAAACAGACAAUAAAGCAGAUGUCACUUUUUGUUCUACAAUUGGAGUUUCUUGCAAAUGCUUGAUGGAUUUCAAAUAUUUGGAUAAUUCUGUGAAGAAAAACUGCCAAGACUAUCCAAUACCCCUCUUUUUCAAAUGCUGGAUUAUUGGGGAUGAUAAACUAAGCCUUAUUUGUCUUCAUGAUGUAAUGUGCCACUUGAAAACAGUUCCUACUCGGCCAGAUGGUAGUGCCUACAUUGAACCCGCCAAACACACGACGAAACUAUAACGUUCGAACAACUUGUUACAAGUAUCUAGCAAGUUUUAACAACUUUCUAACAUGUCAUAAAAACUUCAUAACAAGAUGUAACAGCUUUGUAACAAAUUGUAAUAUGGUAACAAUUUGGACCGUUACGUUGUGUGUUUGCAGGUAGUUGUGAGCAUCAACAGCCUGACUGAUUGUAUGCUGGUGAAAGACUGCUAUUGGGGGCCAAUGACCCAUAUGACCAUCUCAAGGUAGACUGGGCACCAUGCACUGGACUAAAAACUUUGUUUCUCCUGCUCUGAUAUAAUAAAUUAAGUGUGUAGGUUCUUUCAUUUAUGUACUGUAUGGUAGUUAUGAUUAUUUUUUAAUGAUCUCUACAUAACUAAUUUUCAUAGUGUAAAGGCUACAGUGACAAUAAUGUUUAUAGUGAAAUCAUUUUGAAUAUCUGUGGACACUAAUACAUUUAGAGUAGACUUAGUAGUGUGUUUUUUUACAUAAUUGUCUAACUCGUGUUCUCCAGCAUAUUUUACCACAAUUAUUCAAUUUGUACACAAUUUAUCAUAAUAUAACUUAUGGUGUCUUGAGCAUUGUGACAUGCCAUUUAAACCUGUUCCAUUCAGUUAUGCAUGCUGGGAUCUAUUUAAAAGGUUAAAGCGUUGUUUUAUAUAUAUAUUUUCAUUGUUUUAAGAUAUUAAAAUGUACAGCAUAAGAAUUCUUUGGAGUGCUUCAAGAUAAAUGUUUACAUACUUGUAAAUAUAUAUUUGUACAUAAUUAUUUGUAUAUAAAUAAAAUCCAAUUUAUGUGU